UUCGUUCUUUCCACCAUCAGGAAAAUUUCAGUCAAUACUCGAACGUUGGAUAACUAUACAAUCGUCAGGCGAUGCUGAUACACAAGAGGUUCCGAUUAGCAUUUAUGCCAAAGUUUGCCAAAAACGUCUUGAGAAAAUAAUCCAAACUGGACCGAAAAAAGGGUUGAAGAAACCGACAUUUGAAGAAAUUGAAUUAUCAAAACAUACAAUACAUUUUCCGUCGAUGUUUGGUGCAACACUGGAAGAAGUAAUGGCGAUGCAACGAACAAGAUUUCCUGAAAGACGUUUACCAUGGAUACAGACAACAUUAUCGGAAGAAGUUUUGAGGCUAAAUGGUGCACAAACUGAAGGCAUAUUUCGGGUACCGGGUGAUUUAGAUGGUGUGAAUGCUCUUAAAGUAAAAUGUGAUCAAUGGCAAUUACCUUCGUUAGAAGAUGCACAUUUGCCAGCUAGCCUGUUGAAAUUAUGGUAUCGUGAAUUAUCUGAACCAUUAAUACCAUCGAUCUUCUAUGAGCAAUGCAUAUUAUAUUGUGAUACACCUGAAACCUGCAUACGUUUGGUAAAUUCUUUACCCGAUAUCAAUCGAGCAGUUUUAACUUAUUUAAUAAGAUUUUUACAGGUUUUUGCUGCACCAGAAAAUGUUGUUAUUACAAAAAUGGACGUUAAUAAUUUGUCGAUGGUUAUGGCCCCAAACUGUUUACGUUGCGAAAGUGAUGAUGCUAAAAUUAUAUUUGAAAAUGCCAGAAAAGAAAUGUUAUUUAUCAAAACGCUGAUACUCCAUCUUGAUACUAAUAGUAUAGAGGGCGUCAUUUAA